GCAAACCCCAUCCAUCUAUUUCGAUUGAUUCAGUGCAUUUUUGAGCGGAUAUCGAUAUAAUAAAAUGCCACUUCAAGUUCUUUGAAGGGUGAUCUAGCUGCGCCAAACCAUUCGCUUUUUCCUUGCUGGUCUGGGGAGCAACACAAGAUGGGAAAGCUCUCCAAUCUCCGCGUGCUCAGCGGGACGCUCGACUGAACAGCGACAGUGCUGAAGAUAGCGCUGUCUGCCGCUGUGCCCUCUGCCACUGUCCGUGGUCCUGAAGUCAAAUGCGUCCCCUCUCACUCACAAGGGCGAUGUAAAGCGCCGCUGUUCUGCACGCUCCUCUUCACAAAAUUGGCGGUAUAGGCAGAGGACUUGAAUCGGGGCUUUUUCGCUUCAGCUUAUUCAACUAACGAGAAUCAAGCUAUGAUUGGUAGGCUACCAUAUUCUCUGCUUCUUCCCGGAGAGUGCGCACGGAAAAGUGUGGACAAAUAAAAUAUCUUUAGUAGGCUAAACAUUUAACUUUUACUGGAGAUGCUGGGUUUAAACUUAUUUUCUUUUAGUUAAUUUUUCUCUUCUUAAAGGUGUAUCUUCCAGAGUUUGGGUCUAUUAUUCAAAUUGCACUCGCUGCUGGAUGUAUGUUACAAUGCAUAAUUAUGUUUUUGAUCUACCUGCAGCAUUUGGAAGUUGAUUGAAAUGACUCUCACUGCCGUGGACGACUAUGAGUAGCCUAUUGGCAAAAAUAGAAGGCAAUAUAAUUUCGUACAAUUUUUUUCAAGGCUUCUUUUUCACACAUCAGCUACCUAUUGUUAUCUUUAUCUACGGGAAAUACGGGAUCCUCUGAGUCAUGUAUCAGAUUGAUUUGUGUGUGCAUAUCACAUCGCUCGCGCUGCUCCGAAGUCAUCCGUACCGAAAAUGGUCUCGUUUCUAACUGCUUUUACGCGCAACAACAGCAAUUGAAGGGGGAUUAUAUUUUUUAUCUGGAGCCUGUUGGUUUAAUCCAAUGGUCAAUCUGGAAGUUAUUGGAUCCUGUGUUUAAUCCAUUCUACUGGGUUUGGAUCUCUGUUGAUCCUGACUCCAACUAGUGGAACCGAACAUUUCAACGCGGAAUACCGCGGCGAAGGAUGGGCCCUCUCUUUCCAACACCCUGCAUUGUCCUCCUCGUCCUCCACGCCACCUUGUCACCAGCCUCCCUCAGUCCCGAGGAUUACGCCGCGGACGAGGCAGAGCGAACUGCCAACAGCGACAACAUAAUUUUCGACGAUUACCGUGGGAAAGUUUGCGUGGACGACAGUGGCUUUGUUUACAAACUGGGGGAGCGUUUCUUCCCAGGACACUCUAACUGCCCAUGCGUGUGCACUGAGGAUGGGCCAGUGUGCGACCAGCCGGAGUGCCCCAAGAUACACCCUAAGUGCACAAAAGUGGAGCACAAUGGAUGCUGUCCUGAAUGCAAGGAGGUUAAAAACUUUUGUGAAUACAGGGGGAAAACUUACAAGAUCCUGGAGGAAUUUAAGGGUUCCCCGUCCGACGAGGAAGGGACCAGUCCGCCCGCCGUCGCGCCCGUACUACCCCCGGUCCUACCCCCGGUCCUACCCCCAGCCUCUGCAGCGCAGCUCCAAUCAAGAACCAGGAAAUAUAGGCCUUCGCCUUGUGAGUGGUGUCGCUGUGAACCAAAUAACGAGGUGCACUGUGUGGUCUCUGACUGUGCCGUCCCAGAGUGUGUCAACCCAGUCUACGAGCCAGAACAGUGCUGUCCCGUCUGUAAAAACGGUCCAAAUUGCUUUGCCGGAACGACGAUCAUCCCAGCCGGUAUUGAAGUGAAGGUGGAUGACUGCACCAUUUGCCGCUGUCACAAUGGGGACUGGUGGAAGCCAGCACAGUGCCUGCGCCGGGAGUGCCUCAAUGGCCAGACGUUGUCAUAGAAACCCCGGCGGGGACGGUGUCGGUGACGUGCAGCCAGGGAGCGGUCCUGCCUGCUGCAAAGGCAAACAAACAAACAAAACGCUCAUCUUGUAUGAUUGAUAGGAUGGACAGGAGAGGAGCACAAUUCCUUGGCAACAUUGACUAGGAGACUGCAUAACAAGCUGAAAUUAAAAGCUCUCGUACACAGUACCUACACACCACAACUUUAACCACAGAGGAGCGGAGAGAGCAGGAGGAACUUUUCUUGAGACUGUUUUUUUGUCUUCUGUUUUGACUGUGUGACUAUUUAUAUUUUCUGAUAACUACUUACUGCUUAUGCUGCUUAUAAACAUAAUGUUUAUAUAUUUCAUGAAGUCAUUUCCACCCAAUCAUUAGCACUGUUAAACAUGGUCAGAUGUGUUCUGUCAUCUGCUUACUGUAGCUCUCUCUCUCUCUGAGAUGUCUUCACCACACCGCUUCGCUAUGGGAAUUACAAUGGUCACAAAAACAUAUCACUCACAGCUGUUGGCUUCCCACUAAAUGCACAAUCCUUCUAUGAGUCAAUAGCAAGAGUUCACUUCUGGUGUUGGGGUCAAUUAAAUUUAUUAUUGACAUAAAAUGUCAGCAUUCUGAUGUGCUGUUAGUUACACUAAUCUGGGUUGACAAAAGAUGCAUGGCCACAAACAGAUCCCCUCAGUUACUGUUUUUACUACACACAAUAUGCUUGAUGAGACUGUCUUCGAGGUGCUCUUCUCUGCAUGGAGAGAUUGGAGGCCAGUUUUAUCUAAUAUACAGUACCUGUCAAAAGUUUGGACACAUCUACUCAUUCAAGGGUUUUUCUUUAUUUUGAUUAUUUUCUACAUUGUAAAAUAAUAGUAAA